AUGUUGACUUCUUUGCUGGCUUCGACUGCCUGUCGUCAAAAGAGUCGAGUCGUAUCGUUAAAGACGCCAUUGGCCUACUUGAUUUCAACGUCCAAACGAACAUUUGCUUCCGGUACCAAGGACUUUACACUUCCCAAGACCCGUAAUAUUGGUAUCAUUGCACACAUUGAUGCAGGCAAGACCACGACAACGGAGCGUAUGUUGUAUUAUGCUGGUGUUACCAAGCGCAUUGGUGAUAUCGAUGAUGGUGAUACUGUGAUGGACUAUCUCAAGGCCGAACGUGAACGUGGCAUUACGAUCAACAGCGCUGCCAUUACAUUUGGAUGGAAGGGGCAUCGCAUCAAUCUCAUUGACACGCCGGGUCACGUGGACUUUACCAUUGAAGUGGAGCGAGCCGUACGUGUUUUGGAUGGUGCGGUGACGAUUUUGGAUGGUGUUGCAGGCGUGGAAGCACAAACGGAGACUGUAUGGCGACAAGCGGAUCGUUAUGGUGUUCCACGCAUUGCCUUUGUCAACAAGAUGGAUCGCACAGGUGCUGCUUAUGGACGUACCGUGUUGGAAAUCUGGAAAAAGUUGAGAGCACGUCCUUUGGUGUUACAAGUCCCCUUGAUGCAAGAAGAUAAGGGCCUGGUCGCUGUGGCUGAUCUUGUGACGAUGGAAAUGGUGACAUGGCAAGGGGAAGACGGCCUUGAAAUGACACGUACACCUUUACAAAAAGAGGAUGCCUUAUGGGAAGAAGCCGUACGUGGACGCACAGCUCUUGUUGAAGCACUCGCUGAAAUGGAUGAUGGCAUGGUCGAGAGCUUUUUGGAAGAAGCCGGUGCCGAUCAUUUACAAGUGACAUCGGAUUCUCUAAAGGAAGCAUUGCGACGGGUGACAUUGAACAACAAAGCAGUGCCUGUGCUCUGUGGAACAGCUUUCAAGAAUAUUGGUGUACAGCCCGUUUUGGAUGCUGUCUUGGAUUAUCUUCCAUCGCCUAUGGAUCGACCUGCUGCGUUGGCAACCUAUGACAGUGGCAAAAGUGCUCUAGUUCCGCUGGCGGAAAAUGGCAAAUUAUGCGCAUUGGCGUUCAAGGUGACACAUGAUGCACGACGCGGUCCUUUGGUCUAUGUCAAGGUGUAUUCUGGCAAAAUCAAUACCCGUAUGACGCUAUUCAAUAGCACUACUCAUAGCAAAGAGCGUGUCAACAAAUUGUUGCAAAUGUACGCAAAGGACGUUGAAGAGAUCCCAUCCAUUGGCCCUGGCAACAUUGGUGUCAUUGUUGGUCUUCGAGAUACACGUACGGGUGAUACCCUUGUUCAAUUCAAUGAUAAGUCGGGCAUGCAACUUGGCAACAUCGAUAUUCCCAGCCCUGCAUUUUUCUCUGCUAUUGAACCCGCGUCCGUAUCCGAAGAAAAGGUCAUUGAUGAAGCACUCAAGAAUCUCACUCGAGAGGAUCCAUCGCUCAAGGUGUGGACUGAUCAAGAUAGUGGCCAAACAUUGAUCAGUGGUAUGGGUGAACUUCAUCUUGAAAUUGUCAAGGAUCGAUUGAUCAAUGAUUUCAAGUGCAAAGCUGAGAUGGGCAAGAUGCGUAUCAGUUAUCGUGAGACAUGUCAAUCGCCUAUAUCCGUUUCCAGUGUGUUUGAUAAAGAAGUCAUGGGAAAACGAUCACGUGCCAACUGCAAAAUCAACCUUGAAUCGGUGGAUCCCGAAGAACCCGUUGAAGAAGGAUGGAUUCAUGAUUCAGGCAACUACAUGCAUAUCGAAUUACCCAAAGACAAUGAUACAACAUCGUCAUCAUCCGAACAACAAGGAGACAAUAAUCAGCAAAUGCAAUUCAGCAAAGAUGAUAUACGACGUGCUGUGCAAACGGGUCUUGCUUCAGGUCUCGCUCGUGGAGCCAUUCUUGGUUUUCCCUUGACCAAAGUCAAGGUUAGUGUGCAAGAUCUCGAAACUUUUGGUGCGGAUACAACAUUGGGAAGUAUCUCGGCAUGUGUUUCGCGAGGUGUCCAAGAUGCUAUCAAACAAGCCAACCCUUGUCUUCUCGAGCCCAUGAUGGAAGUACAUACCGAAGUGAACGAAAACGACAUUGGCAGCGUGGUGAGCGACCUUAGUGGCACACGUCGUGGUCAUGUGAUUGGCUUGGAAUCAUCCAUGGAUACAGAGCAAGAUCCAGCAACCGAUGAUGUUGAAGUUUAUGCACCACCCGAUGCGUUUACAAGUGGCAAUGGUGAUAUUGGAGAAUACAAAGCAAAGCAAGUGGUCAAGGCCCACGUGCCCCUUAGCUCGAUGCUUGGCUAUUCAAACGCAUUACGCAGCUUGACAGGUGGCAGUGGCAGUUUCUCUAUGCGUGUUAUUGGUUAUGGCGAGAUGACAAAGGACAGAGAGCGAGCCGUGGUCAAUGAGAUGCGAGGAUAUUAUUAA